AAGAAGAAAGAAGCUAACCCCAUCCUUCUUCAACCUUGAAGCAAAGUGAGGAGAAGGAAAAAUGGAGAUUGAAUCAGUUAGAUGUGAGUGUUGUGGAUUGAAAGAAGAUUGCACCCAAGAUUACAUCAAUGGUGUUAAGGCCAAAUUCGAUGGGAAAUGGCUCUGUGGGUUAUGCUCAGAAGCUGUUAGAGAUGAAGUUAGUAGGAGCAAGAAGAAGCAAUUCGGUGUUGAAGAAGCUGUUGAAGCUCACAUGUCGUUUCGUGGCGAAUUCAAAUCCAAUCCGGCGGUUCGAGUAGCCGACGGCAUGAGGCAGUUGCUGAGAAGGUCGGGAGGUAAUUCACCUUCUUCUUCUAAGAAGUUCACCAGAUCAGCUACCACAAAACUGUACUAAUUGCUCCUAAAAAAACAAAGAAAAAGAAGAGGAAAGGCCUUUA